AGAUUUCAACCAGAAUAUCCGUAGGGUAGAUUGGUCAAUAUUACGUAAAAGUAACACACUCAUAGGUGUCUACUAUCAUAACAGUAUUCUAUCAUAAAGAUCUUAUCUAAUCUCGAACUGAGCGAGUGCACGUUCAAAGGGGAAGGCCCUUUCCACAAUGUCUUACCGAUGAUUUUAGUUAGUGUUGCUGGAUGUCGUAGUGCAGUGUCUUGUGGUACUUUCUCCGUCAUGCUAUUACACCGUUUCUCGAUCAAAAAUCGACAUUCAUAAAUCUUCGGUGGCUUGUGAAAGGUGUCAAUAAAGAAUAGACGACGCCAAUAAAUGAACGAUGCAAACCAAACCGAGACGGUCAAGACUUCAUCAAGAGGCCCAUCUCAGCUUUUCGGGUUGUGGCUUUCUGGGAAUAUACCAUGUCGGCGUUGCGUCCGCGUUUCGAGAAUACGCCCCACAACUUGUUAAAAGUAAAGUAGUUGGAGCAUCUUCUGGCGCGCUCACCGCUUGCUGUCUCGUUAACGAUCUACCCUUCGAUGUUGCUGUGACCUCCAUUCUUCGCAUGGCCACUCAAUCACGACGUCGAGCACUUGGUCCAUUUCACCCAAGCUUCAAUAUUAACGAUAUUCUAUUUGAAGAUCUAGGCAAGAUGCUUCCGGAUGAUGCUCAUAUUAGAUCAACUGAUCGCCUCCACAUUUCCGUUACCAAGAUGUCCACAAUGGAGAACCGAAUCAUUACGCAAUUCAAAACUAGGCAGGACCUAAUCAGGACACUGAUGGCAUCGUGUUUUAUUCCCGUUUUCUCGGGGUAUUUCGCGCCAAUUCUGGAAGGUGGCGAACGCUAUAUCGAUGGCGGUUUUAGCUGCAAUUUGAAGGUCUACGACGACUCAACGAUUACCGUGUCACCGUUUUCGGGUGAAAGCGACAUAUGUCCGCAGGAUGAAAGCUUCAAUUUAGCGUGCGUCCAUAUUUCAAAUACGUCCAUCGCUGUGUCGCCGGCGAAUCUGUACCGCAUCAAACGAAUCUUAUUCGCUCCUCAUCCAGAUGUCCUGUCUAAGAUGUGUCAACAAGGCUUUGACGAUGGAAUUAAGUACCUUAAACGACAGCAGCUAAUAUCCUGUGUACGGUGCCUGGCGGUUGAAUCUACAUUGUUAUUACCUGUGAAGAGAAUUGGUUGUCAAGACGACCAAGUUGAACCGCCCGAGCUAAGACAUGAAUUAUCAGAAAAAUGCAUUGCUGGUUGUAUAGAGUGCGAUAUCGUUAACCGAAUGGCAGUCGCGGCCUCAUUGCCGGAGAAAGUUCAACAGCCCUGUAAGGAGGCGGCAGAUGCAUUGAAUCAAAGUCUUUACAACUGGCUGUUCCAGACGAGAACAAUGAAAAUGUUAGCUUUAGUAACGGCACCAAUUAUUCUGCCAAUAGAUGUCACUUAUCUGACGGCUAAAAAGCUUUACAAGAUGUGGCCUUUGAUUCAGAAACGAGUCAGCGAUACAGUUACAACAUCGUUCUCGAACAGUUAUCGCGAAGUUACGCACUUUCUGGGCAUGGGCGUAUCGCCAACCAGUUUGGGGUCCGGAGCGGGCCAUAUUUCAUGCCAACUCGCAAUUCAUGAAUUUGGCCAAAUUGAAGGUAGGCCACGAUCUCGAACGCUUGAAGGUGGUCAGCGACGGCGGCAAGGGCCGAAACGCCGAUCGUUUGCGGGUAUUGAAAAGCGUCUAGUUUCUGAGCUUAGUCUGGGUUUUGCCGUCGAAAUGGAGAAACAGACCAAGUCCCGAACGUCAAAUAUCCUUCGAACGAUGAAUUCAACAGAGGACCUUCCAUCGGUUAACGCUGCCGUAUCCCUUACGAACGAGGCGCUUCAACGGAACGCUCACCGAAAUAAAGGUAUUCAUGCUAUUGUCAACGUCACUCGGCAAAAGGACGCUCUCAUGAAGUUUUUCUACACUGACGAUGAAACGAACAGUGUGUGCGUCACCGAGAUCUUUGAUCUGUCCAACCCGUAGGCCACCUUGGAGUAACAGCUGGUGCUUAUUUUCUAGCUACAGCUCUUCCUCUUUUACCGUCGUCGAUUUAUUUACAUGCAGUUAAGUAAUGCUACUGUCCAGUGUAAUUUUACUGAACCAGCCAGCUAAACACCGGUAUGCUUAUAAAUCUAUGUACAAUGUAAACACUCCUUCUAACAUGUUGCUGUAUUCUCUAAUAUAAUACCCAGAAAAAGUCAUAUUAAUAUUCGAAAUCUUUACGGAAAUGAUGUCAUUAAUUUAAAUGAAAAUAUAAAAAAUUAGAAAAAAAAAAUCAAAACUUUUAAAUCUGAUCAACCGAACGUCGCUUAACGCCAUCAAAUAUUGAUUAUAUUACUUGUUAAUUCUACAAACGUAGUUUCUAUAGUAGUAGUAAGCGUUAGACAUCAGGUUUUCUCUAUUGCAAAACAUGUUCUCUCAGAGCUGCUAAAAUAAUAUUUAACGGAAAACUAAAUAGCUUCAAGUUCAGAUGGGUACAACUUUUAGCGACAUAAGUUUUUUAGCGACAUGUAUUUUAAAGGGCUACGCAGAUGUUCUGCGGCUAGCUUAACAUUUACUGAUGUACGUCCUCCAAGUCGUUCAACUUAUCAGCACAUGAACAGCUUGAACUAUCUAUGCACACAUGAGGAUAAUAUGAAACAUGAAUCACGGUUUACUACAAUCAUAAAAUGAACAUAAUGUAAACACUUUAAUGAACUACAGAACAUGUAUUUCCCUAAAAAAAAAAAUUAUGUUUGUACAUUCAAAGUAACUUCAAUGAAAAAAAUGUCGCCUUAUUCAUUGUGUUUUAUCUGUCUGGUAUUAUUUUUUUAUUACUAUUAAAGUUCUACUUACAUAGUAAGGAGAUAGGAAAUACAUUUUCUUAUAACGUAGGUGGAUAAACUGUAUUGCAAUUCAUUUAAGCGUUGCGCAUCUUCAAUGUUAUCACCGUAAAUACAGCUCUAAAUAAGUAAUUACUUUGAAACAUUCGGUCAAAGCCACUUCAUGCUAGAAUAGCUUUACUGAGUUGGUCUUUCGAAUAAAUCGUACCAAGAGAGGAUGCAAGACUCUGACACAAUAAACAACGUAAAUUACGUGCUUUCCUCUGGAAAGACGAUGUGGAAGUUCGGAAUUUAUAUGGCUUAAUUUUUCGGAAUUUUUGCUCUAUUAGCAGGAAAAGCAUUUCUUAGUUAUGUAAACGAAAAUUACAUCGACAAUCUAAAACCACGACGUCAUGCUGACGAGUGACUUUUGCAUAAAACGGAAAGAUACUAAAAUUAGCACUAAAAAUGCCCUUUUUAGCAAAGCCUCGGUGCCACCGAUGGUUUCUCAUCAUCGCAUCAUCGCUCUCAGGUCUUUCUGGAAAUAUACCCGAGAUGGCAUAACGGUAAAGCGCUUUUUAACGAACACGUGAUAGCCAAGAUUUGAGGCCGGAUAUAGAAAUACAUCGUUUUGAACUAAAGGACAAUCAGCGAAACAAUGCUUAAGGGAAGUGUACUCGAAGUACUACCGGUGAAAAUCUAGUCAUGUGUCCACCAUGGCGGUGGACUAUAUUAUUGGCACACAUAAACAUGAAGGGACAAUGCAGAGGUCGAUGAUCGUUAUCAUAAGAGAUUAUAUAAUUUCGUUUUUCUAAAUCGCGAGAGAUCAAUAUUUUAAAUGAGUUACAUGUGUACGUAUUUUUACAUUUACGUAACUAUUAAUUAGGUCGAUAGCUGAUACAGUAUCGGCAUCUUGUAUAAAAACUAUCUCAAAAUUUUACGCGUUUUCAAGAAACACUCCGUGUUGACGCGGUGCCAACCCACAGCGCAUGCCGGCAUUCGCCUACUAUAACGGAAGUUACGCAACAAGAUAACAGCAGAUCUGCUGGUAGCGUCAAUAGAGCACCACUCGAGCGAUGGUGGUCUGACGAGUGCGCGCGAGGAUUAAUUAUAGUUCAUUGCCCUAAUUAUGACGACAAAAAUAGCUAGAUAAAUUUACCACUGAACGUAAAAAGCACUUGGCUAUAGCGUAGCCUGAAUGCCUUUAAAUCGUUCCGUUGCCCUACGAUGGCAAAUUAGCAUGAAAACGAUAACUGACAAUAUUUUAGAGCGUUCUUAUUGAAUUUUCGUCACAUCAAUGUCAAUGACUUUUUAGAGGAAAGCGUAUUCCAGCCUCAUUGGUAUGACUGCAGACAUUGUUCAAACGAAAAGUAGAGGGGCCAGUGUUAAGCUAAGUUCCACUGACGUGAACCGGUUACGUGUGUGUACUCAGUUUAGUGUUUUCGAUUGUGCAGGUAACUGUAGAUGAUCUUGUAGAUGUGACAACGAUAGACGAGGCAAAUGAAUAUAAGUUUUUCGAAAUACCGUUAGCGGUUUUCUGCAGGCAAUAGCAGACAGAUAAGAAUACUAUGAUAUAUGUAUUGCAAAUAGUGCUGCUCAACUUCUAGCUUAUGCAGAAUCCGCCAAGAUCGCACUAAUAACGCAGGUAUAAUAUAUAUGCAACGGUUUUUUAGAGCGGGGUUAUCUUUAUGGUUAUUUUCAGUUUUUUUUUUUUUUAUUUCAAUUUACUGAGGAAAUUAAUAUUUAAGCUAUAUAAGCAUCUUCUUUUCCUUCAGAUAAUUAAAUAUUGCGUGCAUGGGUAUGAGCACAGACCAUGAAAAAUCUGGGUUGUAGCUUCAAGCUGACUAGA